AUGUGUCGCAAGCGGAAGAAUGACAUGAAAGUGAUGACCAAGUCAAAAAGGAUCUACAAUGUCGAAAAUGUACCAACGGAGGAGGUUGACUCUCGUUCCGCAUCAGCGGAGAAGGAUACCAAAGAGGAAAAAGUUUAUUACACGUUCUAUGGAGGAAAUCAGACAAAUGUUGUACCAGGGAGGAUUGGAGGCAUACCCGUUCAACUGUUGAUCGACUCCGGUGCGGAUGCGAAUUUGAUCAAACCGGAAACAUGGGAAAUGCUCAAGAGUCGGAAAGUUCACGUGAGGAGUUCUGUUAGAGGAUCCUCCAAAGUCUUGAAAGGAUAUGGUAGUGACAAGCCGCUCACGAUUGCUGGUUCAUUUGUAGCCGAGAUAGUUGUGGGAAUGAAGAAGACAGAAGCGGAGUUUUUCGUUGUAGAGGGUGGUCAGCGAGACAUCUUGGGUGAUAGUACAGCAAAACAGCUUGGCGUUCUGAAGGUGGGUCUACAUGUGAACGAAGUAAGUACUCAGAAAAAGUCAUUCAGCAAGAUUAAAGGCGUACAUGCUGAGAUCCACAUGAAAGACCAUGUCAAGCCAGUCUUUCAACCAUUACGCCGUGUUCCGAUUCCUAUUGAGGAGGCGGUUAACAGAAAGUUAGACGAACUCCUUGAUCGAGACAUUAUUGAAGUGAAACAGGGACCAACCACAUGGGUUUCGCCUCUUGUAGUGGUAGGCAAAGCAUCUGGGGAGCCACGAAUUUGUUUGGAUCUUAGACGAGUGAACGAGGCGAUCGUGCGUGAACGUUUCCCCAUGCCUGUUGUGGAGGAGUACUUGGCCCGAUUGGGUCACGGAAAUGUGUGGAGCAAAUUGGACAUAAAAGAGGCGUUCCACCAAGUUGAACUGGCUGAGGAGUCGAGAGAUGUCACAACAUUUAUAACAAACCGGGGUCUGUUUCGGUUUAAGAGGUUGCCGUUCGGGUUGGUGACCGCUCCCGAGAUUUUUCAGCGUAUUAUGGAGGAGAUACUGGCGGGGUGUCAGGGUACUUACUGGUAUCUUGACGAUAUCAUUGUCAAAGGAGAAACUCAAGAGAUACAUGAUGCGAACCUGGAAAAGGUAAUCUAA